AUGCAUCGUAUUGGUAAUCUAAGACAUCAGCAAGGGGAUCCACCUGCUUAUUGUCAAUUAUAUGUUUAUGAUCCUAAUACUGCUUUAAACUUUCGAAUGGAGCAAAAUGAUUGUUGCAUACGUGAGUUAAUGGAACUUUUGCAGACUAUAAUUAAUCAGGAGAACCCAUAUGCGCUUGCAUUUAAAAACAUGGCAGAAGUUGAAGAUGCAGAAAUUCGUCAAGCUGCUAUAGAAGGUCGACCGAUUUCUGUUGUCAAAAUGUCGUUGCUUGAGGGUUGUGAUAGACGUCGAUACAAUCUUCCAUCACAUGAAGAGGUUGCCAUUGUGUUUGUAGGAAAUGAUGGUGCUCCACCUCCAUCUAGAGAAGUUGUUAUUUAUCCUCGAGGUCAACCCUUAAAAACAAUUUCAAGUAUGUCUGCAAAUCUAGAUCCAAUGAUAUAUCCAAUAUUUUUUCCAAGAGGUGAUGCAGGAUGGCAUGAUCAACUAGAGCACAAUCCUGACCGAGCAACACGUGUUCGAAAUCGUGUUACUUUAUCUCAGUACUACAACUAUAGGCUUUCUAUUAGACAAACGUUCAGUCCUAUAUUUUAUGGUAAGAAACUUUUUCAACAGUAUGCUGUUGAUACAUAUGUCAAGAUUGAAGGACAGCGCCUUGCUUUUAUCAGAAAUAACCAAAACAAACUUAGAAGUGAACAAUACGAUACAUUACAUGAGUAUGUAAAUAAUGUUGCAAAUAACCUUAAUGUAAGACCGGGUCGUGUUGUUAUACUACCAUCCUCAUAUGUUGGAAGUCCAAGAGCUUUAAAAGAAAAUUUUGAAGAUGCAAUGGCAAUUAUAAGGAAAUAUGGUAAAACAGAUCUUUUUAUUACUUUUACCUGUAAUUCAAAAUGGAGAGAAAUUACAGAAAAUUUAAAUCCAGGUGAGAGCGCAACUGACAGGCCUGAUUUACUAGAAACAGCAGAGGAUAUUGAUAGUUUAAUAUCAGCUGAAAUUCCAGAUCAAACUGUUGAUCCUGAACUUUUUGAAAUUGUAAAAACAUGUAUGAUUCAUGGACCAUGUGGGAUUUUAAAUCCCAAUUCUCCUUGCAUGAAAGAUGGAGUUUGCACAAAAAAAUUUCCUAAAGAGUUUAAUCCUUGCACUGUUGCAAUUUUCAAUGGUUAUCCUAACUACAGGCGUUUAGAUAAUGGUAGAGUAGUCAUUAUAAAAGGUAACCAAGUUGAUAAUCGAUGGGUCGUACCCUAUAACCCCUGGUUAUCAAAAAAAUACCAAGCCCACAUUAAUGUUGAAGCUUGCAUGUCUAUUAAGUCAGUGAAGUAUUUAUACAAAUAUGUCUAUAAGGGGCAUGAUUGUGCGAAUGUGGUAAUUAAUGAAAGUGUUGACCAUGAUGAAAUUAACACAUAUUUAGACUGUCGCUUUGUUUCCGGCCCAGAGGCUCUUUGGCGAAUAUAUGAGUAUUCCAUAAGUGAUAUGUCACAUACUAUUAUCCGCCUUCAAAUCCACCUUCCUGAUAAUCAGAGAGUAUAUUUUAACGAAGGAGAAGAACAAGUAGCUAUAGAUCGUGCAGCACAGCGUGACACUCACCUAACCGCUUGGUUUAAGUUAAAUGCUGAAAAUAAUGAAGCACGUCAGUAUUCUUAUGUUGAAAUUCCAUAUCACUUUGUUUUUGGUAAAAAUUGCAUGUGGAAAGUAAGACAAAGAGGUAGUGAUAAGGUGGUUGUUCGAAUGUAUAAAGUCAGUUCAUUUUGCGAAUUAUUUUUUCUCAGGUUGUUACUUUUGCAUGUAAAAGGUGCAAAGUCUUUCGAGGAUUUGCGUACUGUUCAUGGUACUGUUUUUAAUACAUUUCGUGAAGCAUGUUAUCAUUUAGGUUUAUUGCAAGAUGACAUUGAGUGGAGAAAUACAUUAAUUGAAGCUGCUGCAACUCGGAUGCCUAAAUAA